AUGGAUUCCUUCAUCGCGCUCACCUUUCUGUUUGGCUUCAACGCCCUCCUCUGCUGCCUCCAACUUCUUGGUAGUGGUGCGGACACCAUGACCACGGCCCAGGCCGCUUCGCAGAGUGGUGGCCUCGCGCUGCGCCUGGCCGCGGCCGCUCUCGUCCCGGCGGUUCUGGCCACCCUUGUGCUCACUCCGCUGCUCUUAUACGCACACGUGUGGGCUCUCGGCCGUGGCGGCGGCAGGGGCGGGGGCCGUCUCGUGACCGCCCUUGCCAAGGCGACCGUCCUCGCGGCGACGGUGGCUCUCGCAUGCGCCGUGCUGCUGCUGGGUGCCGACGGCGCCGUGGUUCAGCUCGGCGCCGACGGGCAUCUCGAUCGUGGCCGCGGCGACGUCGCGCGGCUGAACAUCAAGUGA